AUGAAUGUCCCGCUGCCACCAGAGCCCAGGCAAAGGGAUCCCAUGCAGGAUUUCGACGUUCAGACAGCAGCCAACGGGCUACGCGUGCUGGAGCUGACCGAGCAGAGCCUCAACAUGUUCGAAAACCUGGCGAACAAUGAGCUGCCGCACGAUGACUGCCAGUUUGCGUGCAGCGUCUGCGACAGCGUGUGGUGGAGACGCGUGCCACAGCGGAAAAUGGUAUCCCAGUGCAGGAGCUGCAACAGGAAGUACCAGCCAGUGCCACGGGACAGGGAGUGGGGGAGUGGAGCGCUCUUGAACUGCACAAACUGCGAUAACACCUUCAGGUUGACGGCGAUAAAAGGGACAGCUUGUAUGUGUGUAUUGAUCGGCUGGGGACAGAUGGGCGUGCCGACAUCGCCGUGCCACCGGUGCCAGGCGGCGUGUGGCCCACGCGUGCAGCGCCCCGACACGCACAGCGCUGCGCGCCCUUCCGGGCAGCAGCUCAGCUGCAUGGCCGAGGACUGCUACAACCCCAGGGCGCGUCACGUGCUGUGUGCACGCGCGCACCCUGCAAGUGACGAGGCGCGUCACGUGCUGUGUGCACGCGCGCACCCUGCACGUGACGCGCCUCGUCACGUGCUGCACGCGAGCGAGCCGCACGUCAGCAGCGCCUCCACCACGGUGGCCACGUGCAUCAGCCAGGGCAGCCUCGUGGAGCACGAGGACGUCCUCAUCGAGCAGGACCUCUUGGAGGAGGACGAGAAUUGGCGCCACUGAGCGUGCCGCGAGCGAGGUUCCAACGCGAGUAACGCGCGAGCCUCCUCCGCGCCUUUGCGUUGGGUCGUGUUUUUAAAUCGAGCUGUGAAAGUGCCUUGUUUUCUUCAGCUUUUAAAAAAUAGCAGUUGCCUAGAGUUGAUUUGCUUUUAACCGAAGCACAAUAUUUACACUGCGUUUCUAAAGCCAACGAUGACCCCUUGUUUAUCGAAGAUGGGGGUGGAUAACGGCGCGGUGGUUUUCGUGCAUUGCGCUGUGAACCCAGCGAAGCAAGUUCGAUCCCCGGCCACCGCUAAAAAGCAGUGCGGAGUGGUAUCUGAACUGGUCCUGGAUGCCCCCUUUGUUAAACAGCACUGACAAGCUGAGUGAAGUAUGGUCAAACAUCCCUCGUGAACAGCACUGCUUGAGGAUAUUUGACCAUUUCUUUUUUGGCCCAAAUUUUUAUUCAUAAAAAAUAUAUUUUAUUCCACAUCCUCCCUCGCAUCGUACAUUGCAAUAUUUUGACACUCCGGGCAGCAGUUCCAAGGGGCAUCUAAGGUAUCGGGCAUUACACGUGCUCUUGUAAUUGUUUUGAUUUUAACCGUGUUUUUGACUUUUUGUGUUUAUUCACAUAAACAGUGAUGCGCACGAGGUGAAAAAUGUUACGAAAAAAAAGUAUUUACAGUCGGCAUGUGAGACGUGAUAACAAUGGCUCUUUCAUGCAUCAUGCUAUCGUGCUGUGUAGUCAGAGGGAAAUUCAGUAGGUACCUUGAAACACGCCGUAAUUGUUUCUGAGGUGGGGUGGUUUAUUUUAAUUGUAUCGGUUAGUGGAGGUCCACUGGCCAACUGGAGGGCAUUUACUCUAUAGUGGCUAAUCUGUAUGCUUGGCUGUACGUUUGUUUCUGUAAUCUCCACGAAAUUCAAUUAACAAGGAGUCAUUUUAAAACUAAAGUAGUUUAUAUUAUAUUAAAACAAUACAAAUACUUUUUACCUGAUAAAUCUUCUAAUUUGGCGUUUCAGGCCCCUCGGACUGCUUAGCUGCUCUAUCAUUUACAAUAGCUUGGCAUGUGAUGGCAAGCUCUUGUAAAUUCGUACAAUAGAUAGGGUUAUAGAGGGCGGGGUGGCACAGAGAGCUGUUGAAACUUAAUGCCUUCUCUUUAGUCUCCAAUAAAACCACCUCCAUAACAAGGAUCAACAACUUAUAUACAGCACAGCAUAUCUAUUUGAUUUGUAAAAUCAAAUACACUUGUAUGUACGUGUAGCGCAGGGACGUACGGUCAGGGGAGGCACAGCCUCACCUGUCAUACUCCAAUGAGAAUAGCUGUUACGAAAAAAAAGAAUAAUCAAAUAAAAAUGUACAUUUUCCCACUGAUCUGUGUUAUAAAUGUAAUUUCUGUACAAUUCCAAACAUUUUUUAUAGUCAAAGUCGCCAAAUUUGCGGAGCUCCGCUGCAAAUACAGGAAGAGACGAGAGGUGAGGCAGUGACGCGCUCAGCCUC